CUCCUCCCCCCCGCCCCCCCCUUUCGCGUGAAGUAGGAUCCUUGAGCUGUUGCAGAGGCAGCCAACUGCUCCAUAUUUGGCUUCUAUUACACAUUUACAUACUGGAGAGCGGAGCGGCAGCGAGCGCUGUACUGCAGACAUCAUUUCUACUACAGCGCCGGAGCAGCCCGGAGCGUGUCCCCGCGGGGGAAGGAGCCCUCACUUACACACACAUACACACGCACACAUAUACACACACACACACACAUACACACCCGCAGACCCCCACCCCGGGAGGACGGCGGUGCUCGAGUCUCAGUCCGACCCCCCCCGCCAGCCCCACCUCCACUGACACUUUACAUCACGCCGCAGGCCGAGCCAGACGGGCGAGCAAUACAAGCUGUGAAUUUAUUGUUGACCCCUGCGGGACAGUGAUCACCUUUGCUGUCGUCUUUGCCAUACAGAGAUGUGCUGCCAGUAAGAUCCUGGAGCCCAGGAAAGAGUUUUAAUGCAAAGCAUCAGAAAAAAACCUCUGCGGCAUCUCAUGUGAGAGAGGGGAGAGAAGAAAGAAGACUUGCGCAAUAACAUCUCGAAACACUCAUAUGGUUUGAGGUGAGAUUUGCUGCGCUGACAUGUUUCCUCCUCCACAGAACGCAGCUGGGUUCUGAGGCUGUGACAAAGAGCUGGCAGUCAUGAAAGUGAAGCAGCAUUUGAUUUUUUGUUUCGCUUCAUAUUUAUCAGCUUGAUAAACGAUGUGGGUCUCCAUUGAUAGGAAUACUCUUUUGAAGUAUUUUGCCUGGAAAGUAAAGCAGGAAAAGGUUUUUAAGCUCUAUCUCACCUUAUUUGAAAGAGGAAAGCCAUUGAGGACCUGUGAGCAAUCCAACAGCUUCUGAAAAAUCUUCAUGCUAAAGGAUAAUCCAGAGUUCCCUGGAGAAGAACGUAGUGAAUGUUAAUCCAGAGGAGCCGCUGGAGAAUCGUGCUCACGGGGAGAUGAUUCCUCAUGAAGUCACUGGAUCCCUUGCAGAAAUCAAAUGUGACUUUCCAUUUAUCAGACUGAAAUCAGAGCCAGCCAGACAGUGAAGCAAGCACAGUGGAGGGGGGACGGCGAAAGAUGAAAUCCAACCAAGAGCGGAGCAAUGAAUGCCUGCCGCCUAAGAAGCGAGAGAUCCCCGCCACCAGCCUGCCUUCGGAGGUGAAACCAGUCCUGCCGAACGAUAACCACCGCACAGACAACCUAGCAUGGCACCCCGGCAGCCAGAGCAGCCUAGGGGGCAGGCACAGGCCCGGGGGAACGUCGGCGGAGGUGGGCUUGCAGCAGGGCCUGCACAAGCCGCCGCCGGCAGGGCUGGACUAUUCCCCACCAAGCGCGCCCAGGUCGGUGCCGGCCCCCACCACGCUCCCCACCGUGUACUCGCCCGCACUCUCCCAAUCCGGGACCCCUGUCUCCCCUGUGCAGUACACACACCUGCAACACACGUUCCAGUUCGUCGGGCCCCAGUACAGCGGACCAUAUGCCGGGUUCAUCCCCUCGCAGCUGAUCUCUCCGACCGCCAAUUCGGCAACCGGCGCCGUGGCGGCGGCCACAGCUGUCGCGACCACUCCAUCCCAGCGCUCCCAGCUGGAGGCUUAUUCCACGUUGCUGGCCAGCAUGAGUGGCUUAAGCCAGCAGGGGCACAAAGUUGAGCCGCACCUGGUUAGGACGCCCGGGCUGAUCGCUGCAGGGUCUCCUCCACCCACCCAGCAGAACCAGUACGUCCACAUCUCCAGCUCUCCCCAGAGCGCGGUCAGAAACGUCUCUCCUCCAACCAUCCCGGUCCCCCUGCACCCCCACCAGACGGUGAUCCCCCACACACUCACCCUUGGCCCUUCCUCCCAGGUGGUGGUGCAGUACAGUGACCCCUCGCACUUUGUCACAAGGGAUGCCCCCAAGAAGCCUGAGAGUGGCCGGCUGCAGGCCAUGCAGGCCAAAGAGGUGCUGAACGGCGAGAUAGAGAAGAGCCGGAGGUACGGCAUUUCUCCCUCUGCAGACAUUGGUCUGGUCAAAGCAGGCAAUAAAACAGCUCCCCACCAUUAUGAGACCAGGCACGUGGUGGUGCACUCGGGCCCUACUGACUAUGGUGUCCGGGAGUCCUCAGGGGUCCGAGCCUCUGUCAUGGUGGUCCCCAACAGCAGCACGCCAACCGCGGACUUGGAGGUGCAGCAGGCCACCAACAGAGAGAACUCUCCCUCAGUCCUCAACGACAAGGGAAGCUUGCACCUAGGAAAGCCAACCCACCGCUCCUAUGCUUUGUCCCCACAGCAGGCACUGGGCCACGAGGGGGUGAAGGCCGUGGCCACGCUGUCCCCCCACACCGUCAUCCAGACAACCCACAGCGCCUCUGAGCAUCUCCCAGUGGGACUGCCGGCCACUGCCUUCUAUGCUGGGACCCAGCCGCCAGUGAUCGGCUACCUGAGCAGCCAGCAGCAAGCGCUGGGCUACCCCGGGGGGCUGCCCCAGCACCUGGUGAUCCCUGGCACGCAGCCCCUGCUCAUACCUGUCGGCAGCGCCGAUGUCGAGCCGUCGGGCGUCGCACCAGCCAUUGUCACCUCGUCUCCCCAGUUUGCAGCAGUGCCUCACACGUUUGUCACCACCGCUGUCCCCAAGAGCGAGACUUUCAGCGCCGAGCCCCACACCACACAACCCGCCUACCAGGCCACCAUGGUGCAGGCGCAGAUCCACCUCCCCGUGGUGCAGUCCAUCGCGUCCCCCGCCACGGCCCCCCCCACGCUGCCCCCCUACUUCAUGAAGGGGUCAAUCAUCCAGCUGGCCAAUGGGGAGCUGAAGAAAGUAGAGGACUUAAAAACAGAAGACUUCAUACAGAGCGCGGAAAUUAGCAAUGACCUGAAAAUAGACUCCAGCACUGUGGAGAGGAUCGAAGAGAGCCAUAACCCAGGCAUUGCUGUGAUACAGUUCGCGGUUGGAGAGCAUCGAGCACAGGUCAGCGUGGAGGUCUUGGUAGAAUACCCUUUUUUUGUAUUUGGACAAGGCUGGUCGUCCUGCUGCCCCGAGAGAACCAGCCAGCUCUUUGAUUUGCCAUGCUCCAAACUCUCAGUGGGGGACGUCUGCAUAUCUCUUACGCUCAAGAACCUGAAGAACGGCUCUAUUAAAAAGGGCCAGCCCGUGGACUCAGCUAGCAUCUUGCUGAAGCAUUCAAAGAAUGACAGUCUAGCUGCAAGUAGACACAGGUAUGCGGAGCAGGAAAAUGGGAUUAAUCAGGGAAGUGCACAGAUGUUAGCUGAGAAUGGUGAACUGAAGUUUCCGGACAAAAUAGGAUUGCCUGCAGCACCUUUGCUCACCAAAACAGAACCCAGCAAGCCCCCGGCAACGAGGAAGAGGAGGUGGUCAGCCCCUGAAUCGCGGAAACUAGAGAAAUCAGAAGAGGAGCCACCUUUGACUCUUCCCAAGCCUUCUUUUAUUCCUCAGGAGGUUAAGAUUUGCAUUGAAGGUCGAUCCAAUGUAGGAAAGUAAAUGUUGUUUGGGGAAAGGAAAUUAGGCUAUCCCUUGUCAUUUUUAUCCAGAUUACUGUACUGUAGACUAAAUAACCCAGUAUUUACAUGUUAUCAUCUUAUUUUAGGUUUAUGUUAUAACCUUGUUGUUAUAGUUGCAGCUGGUAUUAUGCAGGAGACUGGUGCAUAUGUUUUUCCACAAGUGUUUGUCAGUGACUAGGUUUCCUGAGAGCUACAGAAGGGGCAGUAUCUGCUUCACACACCCUUAGUGGAAAUGAAUGUGUUGUCAUGGCUCCUGUUUUCUAACACCUCGUGUAGGACAGGGUCCAGCUGUGAUUUUGGUUUGUUUUCUUUAUGUUUGUUUUUUUUGUUUGUUUGUUUCUUUGUUUUUAGGUUUUUUGUUUUGUUUUUUUCCUUGUUUUGGUUCCUGUUCCAGUUUUUGGGGGGAGGUGAGGAGAAGGGAACUGUAGCAGAGGUGUGUGUCACGUGUGGUGUGCGUGUCAUGCAUGGUGUGCAUGUGUCACGCAUGGUGUGCAUGUGUGCGCGUGCCCGGCCUGAGGCAGCCCUGUGGCCAUGGGGGCUUGUGAGGAGGUUUUCUCACUCCAGGUGAAUGCGGAGGACGCAGCCCCACAGAUGUUACCAAAAAGGAUCAGAUGCUUUCUGACCUUGUCAACAAUAAGCCAACUCUUACUCAAGAUUCACAGUAUAUAUAUGUACACAUAUAUGUGCAUGUAUAUAUAUAUGUAUAUAUAUAUAUAUAUAUAUUUGUGUGUGUGUGUGUGUAUCUGUACAUAUAUAUUUCCCCCAUGGGGUCCGACUGCACUGAUUUUUAUUCGUGAAGCAAGUGCCACACCAACCUUUCCUUCUGCUUGCUCGUGCAGUUCGUUGCCAGAGGCCAUGCACACACACACAUACAUACACACACGGGGUGAUUGUUCUGCACCAUUCACCCUGUUGGGCUGCCUGGUGGCGUGGGUGUGCACAAGUGUGCGUGGGUGUGUGUGGGUGUGCAGGGAGCCUCAGGCUGGGUGACAUGCCCUCCUCAGGCUCACUCCUGUUUCUGUGCAGUGUUAGACACAUCGGUCAGGUUAUGCCAUGGACAUUUGCUUCCACGAGGGAGAUGCAUACUGCCCCUUUGAGAUCACAGGCACACGUCAUUUGCAGUUAGGUUGCAGAUCUCGGUCUUUAACUCUAUAGUACUGUUUUUGGUUCAUGAUUAUGGACAACUGGUGCCACUUUUUUCAAGUUUCAGUGUGACACAGGAACCCGAUGUUGAAGAGGAACGUAGAAUGUCUUUAAGCACUUAAAAUGCUGUUCACACUUUCUGGCUGAGCAUCCUGGUCUACCGCUCAGUGCGUACUGUAUCUCACUUUGAUCUGCUCGGAAGGCAGCAGCAGCAGCAAACAAACGAAUCUCUUCAACACUGUAACUACACGUGACUCUGUAUAGUUUUCUCACAGGCAAGGCGCUGAAAGUUUCCAUGUGGUUUCAAAGGGAUGAAUGUGAAUUAUUGAACUAGUAUGUGACAGUCAUUGUCCACAAAGGACUACUUAAUAGGAGGCACUUUUUAAACUUUAAUGCUUGAGAAAGAGUUAAAGGCGUAUGCGAGCUGACAGAUAAUAAACAAAUAAGAGAGAGGAGAAAGGAAAGAGAAAAAAAAAAAAAAGAUCUUUGUCCAGUGUUUUUGAAAAAGAUGGACUUUAAAGAAUCUUGCAAUUUGCACAUCUUGAGUUUAUCAUUUGUGUGGUAUUCCUGCAGUUUUUACCUAAUAAUGUUGUGGGGUGGGGGGGGGGUCUGAAAGAGUAUAAACAAAUGUAGCAAUGACUCACUAACCUGCCUGGCUCUAGGCCGUUUCAUAGGGUUACGUUCCUUUCCCAGUCCAUUUUGGUCUCCGCCAUAUCUGCCACACAGAACCAGGUCCUACCGGGACAGCUCUGAGAAAGAAGACAGUAAGUCUUCAGACUUACUGAGAGUUUUCCAUGAGAAACAUUUCUAUACGUAAGCAAGGCGUACAAACGGAAUGUUAUUUUCCUCUUACGAUUCUUUGUUCUUUUCAUUGCAUUGUUUCCCAUCCGGACAACUAGAUUCAGGAGUUUGGUACAGAAGGAGCCAUGGGGAUGCUCAGCUCCCCAGUAGGGCCACGCAGCCAGCCUCCCGCACAAGGUGCUCGGUGACUGGGGCCAAAGGAGGGAGAACCCCAUUGCUUUGGUGGGGUCUGGCUGGGCCCUGCAAGGUUGAGUGUUCACGUCAUUAUUUCGGUCGGUGAGUUCCCACCUUCAGGUAGUUUUAAAGAAGCCGUACUGAUGGGGAGGAAAGGAAAUCAAAGUUCUGGAUGUUAGAAAUACGGUAGCGAACGAGCCUAUUUAAAAUCUCGUUUUCCCUCUCCCCUGAAAUGCAAUGCUUUUAUUUAAGAAAAGAAAGGUUAACUCCAAACCCCAGCUUCGACUCUGUUAUGUGUUACUUGAAAUUUAGCUCACACCAGAACUAAUUGUUUUUAUAUACCAUAUUCUGGGGUGCACCAAAAAGUUUGAAAUACGUUUAAAAUAGCUUGAAACUAUUCUUGAAUUUCCUUGAAUUUUAUGAACCUCUCAGCGGGGCUACCAAACAGCUGAGCGGGUUUCUUCUCACAGUCACGCAGCUUAGGUAGUGCUUCUUUGUUAAUCUUUCUGCUCAGAGAAGUUGCUUAAUCUUCCAUAUACUCUGCUCAGGGCACUUGCAAUUUAUUGUUUCGUUUCGUUUCCUGUUUCGUUUUUGAGCUUCGAUGGUAAAGGAAUAGAAGGAAUCACAGAUGUUACUUGGCAUUCGUACCACUAUUUCUGUCAUUCACAUGUACUCGGGGAAAAAAAAUCUCCAUGAGAACCAUUCAUGGUUGUGGUUAAUGAGGAAGCGGGGGCUAUUGAACUGACUGGAUCUAUUCAACUAACACUAAAAAUAAAUAAAUAAAUAAAUAAGAAAACUGAUAAUAAUUAAAAAAAAAAAAAAAAAAGUAAAAAAAAAAAGAAAGUUUGGAGCAAUAGGAAUGUAUUAGUUCUGUGCUUAUAUUUCAGACUGAGGAAUUCUGAAAUGACUGGUUCUUUCCAAACGGCUGUCCCUUUCUGUGCUUUGGCUUUUGUAGGAUGUGCAAUACUUUACGUGCCAACGUAGACUCACCCGUGCGGUGUUAGCUAGAUCUCAGACCCUCUUCUGGUUUCCCCUUUCUGUUCUCUUGGAAUACUUCCUUCCUUCCUUCCUUCCUUCCUUCCUUCUUUUCCUGUUAAUAACUCCCUCCCCCCAGAAAGCAGCAAAUUGAAGGUCGGGUGUCCCUGCACCCGGAGCACCCUGACCCCUUUUGUGUUCAGUGCGCGUGGCACGUGAAUCAUGGGCCUGCCGCGGCCCAGUGUGUUUGAAAUGCAUGCCUCUGGCCUCCGCAGUGUAACGGGGAAAAGAAACAAAAAAAGAUCCAGGAAGAAAAGCUGAACCCAAGCUCACCCCACAACCACCAAUAGAGGAGUUUGGGGUUUGUUAUUUUUCUCGGGGGAGGGGGGGAAGGGGGAAAGGGAUUUUGCGCACAUGAGACCCUGCUCCCGGCUGUGGGGUGCCUCUGGCUUCGGCCUCGCGCCCGUGGCACGGGUUGCGGUGGUUGUCUUUUUCUUUGGGUCUCUUUUUUUCUUUUCUUCUCCUCCUUUUUGUAGCAGGCCUGUUUAGUUUACAAUGAAAUGCAUACAAUCACCGAGAAAUUAGUCAGGGCGAAGAAAACAAAACGAGAACCUCUUGCUAGGGAUUUCUAAAAAAUAUCUAUCUGUCCGUCUAUCUAUCUAUCUAUCUAUCUAUCUAUCUAUCUAUCUACCUAUCUAUCUAUCUAUCUAUCUAUCUAUCUAAUCUAUAUAUCUCUAUAUAUAAGAUGACUGUUCCUUAUAGUGUUUAACUUAGGCAUUGUUUCAGUUUGUCUGGGCCACAUCGCGGGGAAUUUGAGUUUGAUGUCACUUACCUCAAGUCCUACAGCUGAAGCCCAAAUUGGCGUUGCUGUUGACCUACUUCACAGUUUUGUACGUUGCUGUUGGGAUUUUUCCCCCGAUGAACCCGAUGUCAGGACGAGGUCGUUCCUCUGACCCCUUCGGGUACCUCGUCCCGCUGUUGCGUUCUUCAGCCGCUGUUUGUCAUUUUCUCGGCGCUGGGGAAGUGACAUCACUGCUCUUGUUUCCCUCAGUCAAGGAACAUUUAGAAACCUUUCACACCUUUUACUCAGGGAUGGGGCUGGCAUAUGUGUGGUACACUGAUGUGACCAGAAGCAGCACUUUUACUGCUCUGGAGUAGGGAUGUACAACAUUACCGACGAGUUUGGGUUUCCUGUAUCUCAUGACUUAACUUUGUAGAUAUCACAUAGAUCGCAAUACAAAAGCAGCAGGCUCAGCUUGAACUGUCGCUGUUGGUUAUCAGGAAAAUUUACUCUGUGCAGAGAUUUGUUUCACUCACUUAACUUAAAGCGUGUUGCCAAUGUUAAAAUGGAAACAGUGAAAUUCACUUCAGGCUUGCAACUGCUAAAAACAAAAUCAAGGAGAGCGGAUCCUCUCCCUUUUAAACACUAACAGUGUUACUUCAGAGAGGGGCUCUUGGCGCAGCAUCUGAGCCUGGCUCUGCUGCCACUGAGACACACACUGAUGGAGAGGUCAGCCCAUGGGCUCCAUGAGGUGAAAUGGGACGUGCACUCAGACAGGCCGUUUCCCUCUUCCCUCCCCAUCACCACAGGUACCAGCAGAGCCUGCUCAGGGCUCUGCCUGGUGCUGAUGUGAGAGAAGAGGGGUAAACACGUUGCCAGAGUGCAGUCAGCCAUUUCCUUUCCUGGUUUACCCGCCUGGUUGCCCCACCCCAAAGUCCCAAAGUAAGUAGAAAAAUGAGAAUCGGUCAAUGCGGAUCUGCAUAUGUGCACCCACAGCCAGAAAGAAGCAUCGGUUUGCACAUGAAUUCCAUAAGCCUACACACCCACUCAUUAUCCUGUCCCCAGGACAGUUUGGUGUUUAUGUCGGUAGGGAAAUUCCAAACGAGUUGCACACCUCUACUCCAGAGUACAAUUUCUUUUACAUAGACGACCUCGCUUCAGAUGUGUUACCUUUACUGAUAGGAUCUUUUCUUGUAGCACUAUAUCUCGUGGGAAUAUUUUUUGAUGUAAACCUAAUUUGAGAAGCUUAUUGAAAAUAGAAACUUUUUUUGAAGCACUCACAUUGAGGAGUACAGGUAAUGUUUUAAAACUUGCACAAAAGAAAAAAAAAUGAAUGUUGGAAUGAUUCAUUCAGUGUUUGAAAAAGAGAUGGCUCUGUUUGAACAGUGAGUUUCAUACCUUGUUUGUAAAAAAAAAAGAAAAAAAAAAGUUUUUAAAUACAAAAGCGGAGAAAGGUUGAAAGUUACGUGUUUUUUGUAUAUAGAAAUUGUCAUGUCUAGAUGAUCUGAUUUGUAUCGGCUUUGGCCAGGAAGAAUUAUUAGUUAAAAGGCUCUGAAAGAACAACUGUGCUUAAUUUUCUGUUCUUACUACAUGGGUCCCGUUUCUGGGGAGCGGAGUCGUGCUUCACACUGUUUAUUCCUGUGCUGAAAACACACUUUGGAGUGGCAGUUCUGGAGUGUGGCUGCCGGGCACUUCGGAGGGUGGCUGCGGUGCAGACCUGCAGCCUGGCUCUGCUGCAGGAUUUGGCUCCCAGUCCCUCCUGCCUGCGCUGAGGGACAGGGCCGGUUUGGGGGAGGCCUGGCGAUGCCCUCGGGGAUCCUGCCUGAAGCCUCUCGCUCCCAUUUUUUCCUCUCUCUGGGAUGCUGUUCCACGUUUUUUUCAGCACUUCCUGUUCCAGACGAAACCCAAAGAGUAUAAUCCUGAGCAAGAAGUGUUUAUAACAAGGGAUCCUAGCCCAGUGCCAGCAGCAGGGCUGUGCCCGAGGCCACGUGGCCUUUGGGCCCCUUCCACUGCCCCCUCUCCCUGUUGCCGGGAGCAGACACAUCAGACAGGUUUCCAGUGAUAAUCUCGGUCGCUUGAGAGACCGGUGUUUGUUUUCCGGAAGCCCAAAGGAGAGAAUCCUGGAGCCAUUUUUGAGGAGAGGGUCUCUUUCUAGUCCAAAGAUUGAGCUGGGCAGCUGGCGGCCGGCGGUGAGGCGACAUCCCGGAGUGCUCCCAUCUCCCGUGAGGCAGUGACCACUGCCUUGGCCCUCACAGCCACGUCUGCUGUGUCCAGGUGUCCCCGAACCAGGAGGAACAGCCCCAGUUGCGUUACAAUGAAGUGCAUUCAGCCAAUAGGUAGUAUUUAUACAAUAACAGUCUCUAAGGUUUCUGUAGGUUGUUGUUUUUUUUUUCUUCUUGUUAUCUGAAAGGACUCAAGUCUUCCACUAAGGAUUUUACGGAGGCUUCACCAAGGCUGUUUCUUUUUCGUUUGCUUCUGUUUCGAGCGGUCAAAGCUCCUGCACCCUUCCCCUCGCCCAUGCGGUAGACAUGCAUUGGAAGCGUUGUGUGCAGCAGGCGUUAAGUCACCCAUUGAGCUGUCAUUGCUGUACUACUGGAUAGCUGACCUGCAAAAACCCCAGGGCUGGACCCUCAGCCCUGUCAUGUCAGCCAAGGCGGGGAUCCCCCUGGGGUUUGCUUUAAGAGCUGAGGACCCAAUUGCUCUCCCUUCUAAUGCAGUCUGCAGAACUGUCGGAGCUGGUGGGUGGGGUCUGGGAGCCGAACAUGAGUGUGGGCCGAGGGUGGCUGCAGGUGGCUACGCUGGCAUCUCUGGCCAUUGGGCUGGCCUCUUCGCAAAGUUACUAAUCUGUUAGGGCGUAGAUACAACCUCUCACGACAGUCAGCUAAUGUUGAAACUCACUAAUGUUAUGUAUUUGCUCUUUUUUUUUUUUUUUUUUUUGGAAUAAUAUAUUAACUUGUUGAACACUGUUCUUUUCACAGUGUUAAAAAUAGGGGGAGGGGGGGGGGGGGGGGAAAGGGAGGAGAGGGGACAGGGUUAUGGGCAGGGGUUUCCCAACCUUUUUCAGUUCGGGUGAGCUACUGAAAACCGUUUUGUACUAGCUAUGUCACAGUGCUGGCAGCCGGCGGGCUGGGGCCGGCUGCGAAGGCGCUCGGCCAGGGGCCUUGCCGGGUGAGGGUUUGCCAUUCUUCAGCAUUUCUGAGGUCCUUUAUUUUGUGUUGGUUCGUUUUCCCCUUCUCAUUUGGUAUUACUCACAAGGGUUGUUGCAAAUCACACUUCCAAGCGUAGUUCCUAGCGUAGGCCCAGUAAAAGGGAUAUCGCAGCUUUGUGUUGGGGAGAAAUCGAGCUGACAUGGCCAGUACAAAGGAGAAAUAGGGAGGGAAUAACGUUUUGCACCUUAUUGAAAAGAGGAGAAGAUUUUAAGUGCAUACAGACAUAGUUAAGAGCUUUUAUUGUGACAGGAGAACUUUUUUCCAUAUGCGUGCAUACUCUCUGUAAUUCCAGUGUAAAAUAUUGUACUUGCACUAGCUUUUUUAAAACAAAUAUUAAAAAAAAAAAAAAA